AUAUCUAUUUUGAAACAAAGUGAUAACUUGCAUUAUUUCAACUUUCGUGUUUUUAGACUUUAGUUACUGUUUUAUGUGGAAAAUUUUUGAAAAGGGAAUCGAUUUGAGUUUGGAAAUAUAUUGCAUAAAAUGUCUCAUGAACGUUUGGUUUUUUCAAUCCUUGAAUUUGUUCAUUCCGAAUGCUUAUCUACGUCAAGAUCAGAUGAUGAUCGUGAAACUUUGGAAGUGGUCAAAGAAUGCUUAGAAAGUGUAUACCAUGUGCAUCUUGGUAAUCCAUCUGAUGUAGAAAAGUACCACAUCGAUAAACCUCUUACACAAAUAUUUAAUUCUGCUACAUUGAUGUCACAAACAAAGUCAAUUCCAACAGAUGAUGACAAGGAAAAAGCAGAGCAGCUUAAAACUGAAGGCAACAAUCUAAUGAAAGAUGGAAAAAUCGAGGAGGCUAUUAAAUGUUAUGACAGAGCUAUCAAAUUAGAUAACACAAGCGCUGUAUAUUUGUGCAAUAGAGCUGCUGCAUGUAGUAAGUUAGGUCGACAUGAAGAAGCAAUUCAGAACUGCAAUGAUGCGCUGGAACUGGAUCCAAAAUAUGGUAAAGCUUAUGGAAGAAUGGGCACCGCGUACAUGGCUUUAGAAAAAUACGAAAAAGCCAAGAAAAAUUUCGCUAUGGCUAAAGAACUUGAUCCUGAUAAUGAACUUUAUACUGUUAAUCUGAAAACUUUGCAAGAUAAAACGAAAGAGACAAACGAUGCACAACCUGGCAGUUUUAUGAAUUCCCUAUUUUCUAAUCCUGGAAUUAUGAAUAUGGCGUCACAGUUCAUGGCAAAUCCUCAAAUGCAGCAAAUGAUGACGAAUAUGAUGUCAGGCUUUGGUGGAAUGACAGGAGCAGAUUCAUCUUCCAGCGGUCAGCAGCCUAGCAAUUUUUCUACGGCGACAACUGCUGGUUCCGAGUCCCAACAAAGUAACCCUGCAACAGUUCCAAACAACUCAAGUAACGCUGAAACAAAUACAAACAGCUCGAAUGACGCUACAUCUGGUGGUUUUUCCAAUAUAUUUCAAUUUGCAACGCAGAUGGCUCAACAGUUAGAACAAAGUAAUCCAGGCUUAGUCAAUAAUCUUCGACAGACAAUGCAAAAUAUUGGAGGGGGAAACACUAGUGGAAAUGAAAACACCGACAAUACUAGAGAAGAAGGAAAAGAAUGAGUCAAGAUGAGCAAAACUAAGCAUUGCAACCAGCUAUCGAAAUCAGCAAUUGCUGUAAAUAAGCUCAAUCAAAAUGAUUGUAUUAACAAUCAUGGCAACUUUGAAACAGUCGUUUUUUCUUCAUUUUAUAAACAUAAAUCGAAUUUCGCUUAUUAUCGAAAGUAAAAUUAAAGCAUCAGAAGUGUCUACUGUAAA